UGUAGUAAUUUAUUUUGGUGUCAUCACCUUGACUUGGUAAAGUCACAUCUAGUAGGAGACACUCAUCUCAUUUUUGACCUGCAUGGUUUAAGAGAAUGAAGCGCCCCACAAAUGCCAGUUAAUAAAAAGACAAAAGAUGCAUCCGCAGCUUUAUUGGAAUCAGCUGUAAUUGCCAGUGUUCAUGUAGCAUAUUGGCAUCUAUCUUCUCAGCAAGCAUUAUGUGGAUAUUACCCGCUGGUAGAAGAGGCUAUUUGCCUUUGAAUCCCUAUUUGGGACUCAAAACAUCAUUUGGACCACUUUCCUUUGCGUGGGUAAUAGCACUUGUACUGAAUAAUUGGCAAAUCAUCAUCAUCAUCAUACAGAAUCCAAGCCUAAGUAUGACAGCAGCUGCGUACACACCGGCACCAAGCUGACAUUUUGUCCUUUCCAUAACUACCCUGUUUCCCCGAAAAUAAGACAGUCUUAUUUUAAGGUGUGCUCUCAAAGAUGCGCUAGGUCUUAUUUUCAGCGGACGUUUUAUUUUCGGGGAAACAGGGUAGGAAACAACCGCAGGUUUCCUUACUCCUUCACGUGUGUCUGAUUCUCUACCUGAGGCGCACGGUGGGGAAUGGAAGAUUGUUAAAGAGAAGCUGUUCCAAGUGCGGAUCAGGAAUGGUUGUCUAUUUAACCUAAAGAGCAAGUGAAAGCACGUGUCUGUGGUGAGCGGAGAGCGAGAAUUAAGGGAUCACCUGAGCUCAAGUACUACAGAUGCUUCCGACACCUGCGGCAAAAUUUUCCAUUAACAGUCAGUCUCGGGCUAGCAGGAGAGCGCGGGAAGCGUCGGUCCCCCGCCGCCCGUGACGCCCCGCCCCUCGCCGUGGGUGGGCCCCGCCCAUCUGUCAGUCAGUCACCGCGACCGCUCUCCGCCCCCACCCGACCUACACCUCGGGGCCGCCCCCGCCUCGCGUCAGGCUUUGCCGGUUUCAGUCACAACACGGUCCGGGUACCUGGGCGUGCCCUGGUGGGCGCCGGGCCGCGGUGCCGGGGGAACGCUGAGAGCGGCCAGGCGGCGUCUUUUGGAGCCGUUCCUUCGCGGGCCGCCGGCUAGGGCAUGAGCGCGGGUUCCCUCUGUCUCCGGAGCGGCGGCGGCGGGAGCGGCGAGGGGAGGAAGCGCCGCGCGGAGGCCACCGUCCAGGACAAGGCCGGGGGGCUGCAGGGCAGGAGAUGUUCCUGUCCUUAGCGGCACAGGAAGCAGUAUGCACCCCGAUGCCACCCACAAUAGCGGCGCCGGCCUCAGCCCCGCGCCGGCCUCUGGCGUCGGCAGUCCUCCUGUCCCGGGCUCCGGACCCGAGCGGCGGCCGGAGUCCCCGGGGGACGCGGAGGCGGUGGCGCCGAGGGCCCCAGGAGGCUGGAGCUGGCUGGCGCCAGCGGCCGGGGCCGCUCUGGCCGCCGUGGCCCUCUCCUUGCUGGGGCCCGCCCGCUGGGAGUCAGUGGCCGGCGCGGGGCCAGGCACUGUCCUGCUCCGGCUCAGCCUGCACCUGAGCGGCGCGGCGGCCGCCUUCCUCUUGGGUACCCUGUUCGCCCUCGUCUGCCGGAGCCCGCGAGCCCCGCCGCCCGACUUCGCCACCGCCUGGAGCCGGCUGGCGGCGACCAUGGCCGCCCGCUGCCCGCUGGGGAGUCCCAUGUGUGGUAACUCACAUGAGUCAGCUCAGUCUAGAAGGGUAGUAAUUUCUUAUAAUAUGGAUAAAGCUCUGAAAGAAGUGUUCGACUACAGCUACAGAGAUUAUGUUCUGUCCUGGUAUGGAAACCUCAGCAGAGAUGAGGGACAACUUUAUCAUCUGCUCUUAGAAGACUUUUGGGAAAUUGCCAGAGAGUUGCAUCACAGACUGAGUCACGUGGAUGUGGUUAAAGUUGUCUGCAAUGAUGUUGUAAGGACUUUACUCACUCAUUUCUGUGACCUGAAAGCCGCUAAUGCCAGACAUGAAGAACAGCCGAGGCCUUUUCUGUUGCAUGCAUGCUUGAGGAACUCAGAUGAUGAAGUAAGAUUUCUACAAAUGUGUUCUCGGGUUCUGGUGUCUUGUCUCCUCCCCUCAAAGGAUGUCCAGUCUCUCAGCUUACGUGUCAUGCUUGCAGAAAUUCUCGCAACAAAAGUCUUGAAGCCAGUAGUGGAGUUCCUGAGUAAUCCAGAUUACAUUAACCAAAUGCUCCUUGCCCAGUUGGAAUACAGAGAACAGAUAAAUGAACAUCACAAGAGAGCCUACACGUAUGCGCCUUCUUACGAAGAGUUCAUCAAGCUCAUCAACAGCAACUCUGAUGUGGAGUUCUUGAAACAACUAAGGUAUCAAAUUGUAGUGGAAAUAAUCCAAGCAACUACAAUUAGCAGCUUUCCCCAACUGAAGAGGCACAAGGGUAAAGAGACUGCUGCAAUGAAAGCUGACCUCCUGAGGGCCAGGAAUAUGAAAAGGUACAUCAACCAGCUGACUGUGGCCAAGAAGCAGUGUGAGAAGAGAAUCAGAAUCCUGGGCGGCCCUGCCUAUGAGCAGCAAGAGGAGGGCACCUGGGAUGAGGGGGAAGGGCCUCAAAGUCAGAAGAUUCUUCAAUUUCAAGAUAUCUUGGCCAAUACUUUCUACAGAAAGCACUUUCGAAUGUACAUGGAAAGGAUGGACAAGACAGCUCUGAUUAGUUUUUGGGAGUCUGUGGAGCAUUUAAAGAGUGCUAACAAGAAUGAAAUUCCACAAUUAGUUGGUGAAAUUUAUCAGAAUUUCUUUGUAGAGAGCAAAGAAAUAUCUGUGGAAAAAUCGCUUUACAAAGAAAUUCAGCAGUGUCUUGUAGGAAAUAAAGGCAUUGAGGUGUUCUGCAAAAUCCAGGGAGAUGUUUACGAGACCCUAAAGGAUAGGUAUUACCCUUCAUUUAUUGUCAGUGACCUGUAUGAGAAAUUGAUGAUAAAAGAAGAAAAACAUGCCUCACAGUUGAUUCCCAACAAGGAUGAAAUGAGUCCUCGAGGUGAGGCUGGUGAGGAAGCUGUAGAGGGAGGUACCAGUCCGAUUAAUGAACAAGCCAGUUUCGCUGUAAACAAACUACGAGAACUAAAUGAGAAACUUGAAUAUAAAAGGCAAGCUCUAAAUUCUAUUCAAAAUGCACCAAAACCUGACAAGAAGAUUGUUUCCAAGUUGAAGGAUGAAAUAAUUCUAAUAGAGAAAGAGCGCGCAGACCUUCAGCUGCACAUGGCAAGGACGGAUUGGUGGUGUGAGAACCUCGGCCUGUGGAACGCUGCCAUCACCAACGGGGAGAUUAUAGAAGAGAAUGGUGAGCAGAUGCCAUGUUACUUUGUCAUGGUAAGCCUACAAGAAGUCAGAGGAGUUGAAACUAAGAACUGGACCGUCCCAAGAAGGCUCAGUGAGUUUCAGAAUUUACAUCGGAAACUUAGUGAGUGUGUCCCUUCUUUAAAAAAAGUCCAGUUGCCUUCUCUCAGCAAGCUGCCUUUCAAAUCUAUAGAUCAAAAGUUUAUGGAAAAGUCAAAGAAUCAGUUAAAUAAGUUCUUACAGAAUCUGCUUUCCGAUGAAAGACUCUGUCAGAGCGAAGCUCUUUAUGCCUUUUUGAGCCCUUCUCCUGACUACCUCAAGGUUAUUGAUGUGCAGGGGAAAAAAAACACCUUUUCAUUAUCAUCAUUUUUGGAAAGACUUCCUCGUGACUUCUUCUCCCACCAGGAGGAGGAGGUAGAGGAGGACAGUGACCUGUCAGAUUAUGGUGAUGACGUGGACGGAAGGAAGGACGCCUUGGCUGAACCGUGCUUCAUGUUGAUCGGGGAGAUUUUCGAGCUUCAUGGAAUGUUUAAAUGGGUGAGAAGAACAUUAAUUGCCCUUGUUCAGGUCACCUUUGGAAGAACCAUCAACAAACAAAUCCGAGACACAGUGAACUGGAUUUUCAGCGAGCAAAUGUUGGUUUACUACAUCAGUAUUUUCCGGGAUGCUUUUUGGCCAAAUGAGAAAAUGGCACCACUGACCACGAACAGAAGUAAAGAGCAAUGUCAGGAAACCAAACAGAGAGCACAGCAGAAGCUACUCGAAAACAUUCCAGAUAUGCUUCAGAGCCUUGUUGGACAGCAAAAUGCCCGCCAUGGUAUAAUAAAAAUAUUCAACGCACUGCAAGAAAGAAGAGCCAAUAAGCAUCUGUUAUAUGUGCUGAUGGAACUGCUGCUAAUUGAACUGUGUCCUGAGCUGAGAUCUCAUUUAGAUCAACUUAAAGCUGGUCAGGUUUGAAACUGCACAAAUAAACCACCAGAGAAAUGUCUGUAUAAUAUAGACAUGAAACAUUUCCUCUUUUUCACAGAGGGUUUGACUGGGAACCAUAUUGAUUUUUACUUAGUUACUUCUCUCUAGUUUUAUGUGAAAUAAGCAGAACUAGGGAAGAGUAGGAACUUGAUGCGAUAGUAGACAACAGGAGGGGGAAAAAACUUCUAUUGAUUUUUAUUUAAGUAAUAUAAAUACUUUAAAGCUCUACAUAUUGAUUGAAAUAUAAAUGUUAAUAUGUGAUAAGAGCCUAGGAAAUAUUUUAAAUAUUUAUAGAAAUAGCUUUGUUUUAAAAUGAAGAACUAUGAAUAUUGUACAGUUAAUUUCCUCACUGAGGAUUUUUGACAUUCCUAUACUAUUUCAUGUGUAUUAAAGAACAUUGUUGUGCAAAGCUUUGUGUAAAAUUGUGAAAACUUUGUCUUUAUUUUUACCAAAGAUUUUCCAUAGUUUGAGCAUUGAAAGCAAUAAAAUAUAAAAA